UGACUCGCCUUUAAUUUUUCAAUGAAUUUUUGUCAACCUUUCUAUUGAACUUAAUUCAUUGAAAAUCGUCUUAAACGAUCGAAAUAUCGGUAAUGUUAGAUACACAUAAAGACUGUUGUUCGCUCAACGAACACUACGGGACUAUUCAAAUCGCAACGUUCACUUUUUUUAUUAUUUCGUCGAUUCACCGUUGACUCAUCCGUCGGUUAUUAUUGUGUCGAGAAUUCAUAGUCGCUGUUUCCCUUUUCAUUGUUACAAAGAUCCCACUUUCCCAGUAAUUCUCUGAACUACAAAACAUUAUUCGAUCAGUAAACUUGUUUAGAAUCUUGAUCGUGUACACACGAGUAACUACAUACAACUCCGAAGCUACUACUUUUUAUGAGAGGAGAACAACUUUGGUAUUCAUAACGGUUCAUUACUCAUGUUCGUGGCGUGGGGCACGGCCGUAAUGGAAUUACAGAGCUGGUUACUCUACCAUCUCGUAGCUGUAACCGACUGCAAUCAAGUUAAAUUUAUCUGAGUUCGACCAACGUUCACAGUCCACUGGCUUUUUUUUUAUUUAAUUUCCAAUCCCGUUAUCGUCAAGAGGAAACUGCGGUUUACCAAUGUUUGAUGUGAUGCAGUCGGCAGCUACAAUCGGUGGUGGUGGAACUUAUCCUGCCGGAGGCACCGGAAGUCGUGCUCGAGACUUGGGUCUUCGUGCUCAGAAGAAGCUAUUGGGACGAGUGGUCUCUACUGGUGCUGGAAGGUCCCUUUUAAUAGAUGACGCGACCACUUCACUCUUGGACAAUCUUUACAAGCUGAUGGAAAGGGCGACGAAGAAUAAUCCAUCUCUGGAUAAAAAACAACCGGAAAAAGUUCUUAAGAAUAUUGUUAAAUUAUCCAUCAAGGUUGGGCUGUUGCAACGUAAUCAACAACUCGGUCCAACGGAUGAUGCAAAACUUGUUGAGAUCAGGACAGCUCUGAGAGCAGUAGCGAUGGCUGUGGUCUCCUUCUACGAACUCGAAUUCAGUUUCGACAAAGCGUACUUAACUCGAUCCCUCGAGCGUUGUCGAUCAGCGAUACAAGGUCUGAUAAAGCCUCACUUGACGGACAAGUCUCAGGAUCGAUGUGAUCAGGUCUUCGAUUUUCUAAGAAAUCCUGAAUUUUUAGAUUCAGUGUUUAGGCAAGAUUCCGAACACAGACCAAUUCUUGGCAUGCUAGUCAGUGAUAUAAACAAAGCCUUAGAUGCUGGACAUCUUUGACUUUUUGUAGAUUGCAUUGUGCUCGAUCGAUAUUAAUGAAAUAUCAAGAGAAGACGACGAUCGAUUGGAUCGGUUUUCGUUCGAUCUUUGCAUAGAACCGUCAAAGAGGGUUCAUUAGAAAUUUUCUUACGUGUUCGCUCUACCCAUACACGUGCGUCGAUCUUUUUAACGACAUUUUCUUAGAAUUUACGCACGAACAUACGUACGCACGGUAGCCGAUUUUCUUUAACGCAACAACUAAAGGAAAAACGAUACACAUUUUCCGUAUACAUAUGUAAGAUAUAUAUAUCUACAUAUAAUAUACGUGAAUAUCACUAGCUACACGAUCGAUGAACGUAUCUAUUGAUUUAUGCAAUAAUCGUUCAAUACUCUGCUUAAUUUAAGAAUGUCGACAUAUAUUGUGUAAACAAAUUAUAUUUAUUCGUGCGCCUAAUUGCUAGGAAUUAUUAAUAAAUAAUUAACACCUGCUGCAGAAGUUCGAAUUUCGACGGUCUUGACGAAUGUUCAAAAGAGAUCCUUGGAAUUUAAUGGAGUCUCACACGUAAUGCACAUUUAAAAAAAAAACAAAACGAAAAAAAAAACAAAAAAAUAUAUUCACGCGAUAGACAUUUUAUAAAUGAUAAUCAUCACAUAUCUUAAUUUAACAAAAUACACAUUACUUAUGUGUACAUUUCAAAAAUAAUAUUAUAAUGUGUAUAUCUUAUCGAAAAAUUUCGAUAGCAAGGAUACGCAUUUUAUAUACAAUAUACACCUCCUCUCUUUACACGUUAUUUAUGACGAUUAUCUAUAUAGCGAAAUGUACCAAUGGUCAAUAAAUUAUUUAUAAAUGCGAAA